AUGUUUCCAGAGAAGGAAGAAACGCCAGUUACAACCCGAGGCAGGAGCAGUGGCCUCAAAUGUAAGAAUAUCUCAGAGGAAAGCAAAGCAGAGAAAGCCAUCAGGAUUGAGGAUAUUGAAGCAGAGGUGGAUACUCCAAAAGAGAAGCCAGUUUCAGAGCAUCAGCAAGAGAAUGAAAAAUGUGUUCCUGUAGCUGAGUCCGACAAAGAGGAGUUAGCUGAGGAUAACGUUGACACAGCCACGGAGGACACAGCAAUUGAGCUUGAUAAUGUGUCCUCAGAGAUCAAGGAGGUGGAGGAGGCAGAGGAGGUUCCAAUGGAGGUGACAGGAACCAAUGAAGACAAAGAAGAGAACAAAGAAGAAACAGCUGAAGAACCCUCGAAGAAGGAAACGAAAAGAAGAGGCAGACCAAGAUCCACUUGUCUCACAAAACCUGCUGAGGUUGAGGAGGAGACAGUGAAAGAGGAGCAGCCAGCAGUUGAGGAACCUGCUGAGGAAGAGGAGAAGAUCUCGCCAGCUGAGGAGGAAGAGGCAGCUCCAGUGGUAGAAACACGAGUCUUGAGGAGAGGAAGAAAAAGCAUUCCAGCUACCCCUACACCAAAAUGCAAGUCCACAAGAAGAGGCAAACAGCCUGAGGAAGAGGAGGAGGCGGAAGAGCCAGAGGAGGAAGAGGCAGCCGAGGAAGAAGAAGAGGCACCAGUAGUGGAAGCAAAAGUUCUGAGGAGAGGAAGGAGAGCUGCCCCUGCUCCUGUCCCUGCCACACCUAGACGCAAAUCCACUCCAACUGUUGUUGAAGAGGAAGAGGCAGAAAAAACAGAUGAAAUGACAGAGGAGGAAGUAGAUGGCAAAGUCCAGGAAAAAGCUGUUGAGAAAGAGAAGGCCACAACAACAACAAGCCAAGAGGAACAGGAAGUGGAGGCAGAGAGCCUUGAGGAUGGAACAGAGGAGGAGAAGGAGGAGGAGGAAGAAAAGAUUGAGGAUAUCGGCGUGGAAUGUGUUGCAGAUAAAGUGGUAGAAAAGCCAGUUGAGGAACCUGCAGAGGAAGAGGAGAAGAUCUCACCACCAGAGGAGGAAAAUGAGGAAGAGGAGGCUGCAGUUGUCGAAACAAGAGUUUUGAGGAUAGGAAGAAAAAGGGUUCCAGCUACUCCAAGUCCGAAACGCAAGUCCACAAAAAGAGGCAAACAAGCCGAGGUAGAGAAGGAGGAGGAACAGGCAGCUGUGGAACAAAAGGCACCAGUAGUGGAAACCAGAGUUAUGUGGAGAGGAAGCAGAGGCACAUUUUCUGCCCCUGCCACACCCAGACGCAAAUCCACACGAGCAUGCAAACAACCUGAGAAAGAGGAAGUGGAGGCAGAAAAGGUAGAGGAUGAAAAGAUGGAGGAGGCGGCUGAACCUGUUCAGGAAUCUGUGGAGGAAAAGAUGGAUGAGGGAAAAGCAGUGGACAAAGCAACAGUUGCAACAGUGGAAAGUGUGGAGGAAGAGGAAAAGGUGGAGGAAGAGAAGGAAGCGGAGACAGCAGAAGUAGAAAUGUUUGAGGAAACUGAAGCUGCAACAGUGGGGAGUGUGGAGGAAGAAAAUGUGGAGAAGGAAGCAAACCCCACAGAGGAAGAAAAGGUGGAGGAACCAACAACUGAAGAAGAGGAACAAGUGGAGGAAGAGAAGACAGAGGUGGAAGGAGAAGAGGAAACAGUUAUGGAAAUAGCUGUAGAAAAACUAACAAUGGUAGUUGAAGAGGCAGAAAAAGUGGAGGAAGAGAAAGAGGAAAUUGCUGCAGAUGAAGUGUUACAAAAGCCAGUUAAGGAACCUACCAAAAGGGAGAUAACCUCACCACCUGAGGAAGAGGAGAAGACUUCACAACCCGAGGAAGAGGAAAAAACCUCACCACCUGAGGAAGAGGAGAAGACCUCACCACCUGAAGAAGAAGAAGAGGCUCCAGUUGUAGAAACAAGGUUUCCUGCUGCUCACCCGACUCCGAAACGCAACUCCACAAGAAGAGGUAAACAGCCUGAGGAAGAAGAGAAGGUGGAGGAGCCAGAGGAGGAAGAGGCAGCUAAGGAAGAAGAGGCACCAGUAGUGGAAGCAAUAACUGAGAAAGAGGAAAAAGUGGAGGAAGAGAAGAAAGAGGUGGAAGCAGAAGAAGAAACGGUAGAGAAACUAGCAGAGGUAAUUGAAGAGGCAGAAAAAGUGGAGGGGGAAGCAACAGCAGUGGAGAAUGUAGCAGAUGAAGCAGUAGAAAAACCAGAUGAGGAAGAAGAGAAGACUUCACCACCUGAGGAGGAGGAAGAGGAGGCUUCAGUUGUAGAAACAAGAGUCCUGAGAAGAGGAAGAAAAAGUGUUCCAGUUACUCCACCAAAACGCAAGUCCACACGAAAAGGCAAACAACCCGAGGAAGAGGUGAAAGUGGAGGCGCCAGAUGAGGAAGAGGCAGCUGAGGAAGAAGAGGCACCAGUAGUUUUGAGGAAAGGAAGAAAAUCUGCCCCUGCCAAACCUAGAUGCAAAUCCAAACGAGGCCGAAAACAACCUGAGGAAGAGGAACCUGUGCUGGAUUCUGUGGAGAAAAGGGUAGAGAGAGAAAAACCAGUGGAGGAAACAGCAGCAAUAGAGGAGGAAGAAAACGUGGAGGAAGAAAAAACAGUGGAGAAGGAAAAGGCAGAGGAGGAAGCAGCUGUAAUAGUGGAAGAAGAAAUGCUGGCUGAAGAGGAAACUGAAACUGAACCAGUGGGAGAGGAGAGUGUUGCAGAAGAAAAGGUGGAGGAGGAAGCAACACCUGAGGAAGAGGAAAAGGUGGAGGAAGAGAAGGAAGCGGAGAUAGUUGAAGAAGAAAAAAUGGAGGAAGCUGAAGCUGCAGUUUCAGCUGAAACUAUUACUGUGGAAGAAAAGGUGGAGGAGGAAGCAAAAACCAUAGAGGAAGAAAAGGAGGAGGAAGAAAAAAUUGAGGGAGAGAUGGAGGAAACUGAAGCUGCAGCUGAACCGGAAUCAGCGGAAGAGGAGAGUGUUGCAGAAGAAAAGGUGGAGGAGGUAGCAACAACUGAGGAAGAGGAAAAGGUGGAGGAAGUGAAGGAAACGGAGAUAGUGGAAGAAGAAAAAAUGGAGGAAGCUGAAGCUGCAGUUUCAGCUGAAACUAUUACUGUGGGAGAAAAGGUGGAGGAGGAAGAAAAAACCAUAGAGGAAGAAAAGGAGGAGGAAGCAACAAUUGAGGAAGAGGAAAAAGUGGACGAAGAGAAGAAAGAGGAAACAGUUAUUGAAAUAGCUAUAGAAAAACUAGCAGAGGAAGCUGCUAUGGUAGAAGAGGCAGAAAGAGUGGAGGAGAAAGAAGAGGCAAGAGUAGUGGAAUGUGUUGCAGAUGAAGUGGUAGAAAAGCCAGUUGAGGAAGAGAAGAACAAUUCACCACCUGAGGAAGAGGAGAAGACCGCACCCCCUGAGGAGGAAGAGGAAGCUCCAGUUGUAGAAACAAGAGUCCUGAGAAGAGGAAGAAAAAGUUUUCCAGUUACUCCACCAAAACGCAAGUACACACGAAAAGGCAAACAACCCGAGGAAGAGGUGAAAAUGGAGGCGCCAGAUGAGGAAGAGGCAGCUGAGGAUGAAGAGGCACCAGUAGUGGAAGCCAGAGUUUUGAGGAAAGGAAGAAAAUCUGCCCCUGCCAAACCUAGAUGCAAAUCCAAACGAGGCCGCAAACAACCUGAGGAAGAGGAGGAAGAGGUGGUGGAGGAGGAGGAAAAGGUAGAGGAGGUGGCUGAAGCUGUGCUGGAUUCUGUCGAGAAAAGAGUGGAAAGAGAAAAAGCAGUGGAGGAAACAGCAGCAAUAGAGGAGGAAGAAAACAUGGAGGAAGAAAAAACUGUGGAGAAGGAAAAGGCAGAGGAGGAAGCAGCUGUAAUAGUGGAAGAAGAAAUGAUGGCUGAAGAGGAAACUGAAACUGCAGCUGAAACUGCACCAGUGGGAGAGGAGAGUGUUGCGGAAGAAAAGGUGGAGGAGGAAGCAACACCUGAGGAAGACGAAAAGUUGGAGGAAGAGAAGGAAGCUGAGAUAGUGGAAGAAGAAAACAUUAAGGAAGCUGAAGCUGCAGUUUCAGCUGAAACUAUUACUGUGGAAGAAAAGGUGGAGGAGGAAGCAAAAACCAUAGAGGAAGAAAAAGAGGAGGAAGCAACAAUUGAGGACGAGGAAAAAGUGGACGAAGAGAAGAAAGAGGAAACAGUUAUUGAAAUAGCUAUAGAAAAAGUAGCAGAGGAAGCUGCUAUGGUAGAUAAGGCAGAAAAAUUGGAGGAGAACGAAGAGGCAAGAGUAGUGGAAUGUGUUGCAGAUGAAGUGGUAGAAAAGCCAGUUGAGGAAGAGAAAAAGACUUCACCACCUGAGGAAGAGGAGAACACCUCACCAACUGACAAAGAGGAGAAGACCUCACCACCUGAAAAAGAAGAAGAAGAAGAAGAAGAGGCUCCAGUUGUAGAAACAAGAGUCCUUAGGAGAGGAAUAAAAAGGGUUCCUGCUGCUCCGACUCCAAAACGCAAGUCCACAAGAAGAAGUAAACAGCCUGAGGAAGAGGAGAAGGUGGAGGAGCCAGAGGAGGAAGAGGAAGCUGAGGAAGAAAAGGCACCAUUAGUGGAAGCCAGAGUUCUGAGGGUAGGAAGAAAAUCAGCCCCUGCUCCUGCAACACCCAGACGCAAAUCCACACGAGCUCGCAAAGAACCUGAGGGAGAGGUGGUGGAGGCGGCUGAACCUGUGGAAGAAGUGGUGGAAGAAAAUAAAGCUGUGGAGGAGGAAAAAGGGGUGGAAGAAAAGGAAGAGGAAGCUGAAGCUGCAUCAGUGGAAGAGGAGAGUGAUGCAGAAGAAGAAGUGGAAGAAGAAAAAGCAGUGGAAGAGGAAGGAACAAAUCAGGUAGAGGAAAAGGUGGAGGAAGAGAAGGAAGCGGAAAUAGUGGAGGAAAAGAAGGAAGAGGAAGGUGCAGCUGAAGCUACAACUCUGGAAGAAGAGAGUGUUGCAGAAGAAAAUGUAGAGUAUGAAGCAGCUGUUAUAGAGGAAGAAGAGAUUGUGGAGGAAGAGAAGGAGACAGCAGAAGAAGAAAAUAUUGAGGAAGCUGCAGCUGAGGAAGAAAGGGUGGAGGAGGACGCAAAACUCACAGAGGAAGAAAAUGUGGAGGAAGCAAUAACUGAGGAAGAGGAAAAAGUGGAGGAAGAGAAGAAAGAAGUGGAAGCAGAAGAAGAAACGGUAGAAAAACUAGCAGAGGUAGUUGAAGAGGCAGAAAAAGUGAAGGAGGGGGAAACAGCAGCGGAGAAUGUAGCAGAUGAAGCAGUAGAAAAGCCUGUUGAGGAAGAAGAGAAGACUUCACCACCUGAGGAGGAGGAAGAGGAAGCUCCAGUUGUAGAAACAAGAGUCCUGAGAAGAGGAAGAAAAAGUGUUCCAGUUAGUCCACCAAAACGCAAGUCCACACGAAAAGGCAAACAACCCGAGGAAGAGGUGAAAAUGGAGGCGCCAGAUGAGGAAGAGGCAGCUGAGGAUGAAGAUGCACGAAUAGUGGAAGCCAGAGUUUUGAGGAAAGGAAGAAAAUCUGCCCCUGCCAAACCUAGAUGCAAAUCCAAACGAGGCCGCAAACAACCUGAGGAAGAGGAGGAAGAGGUGGUGGAGGAGGAGAAAAAGGUAGAGGAGGUGGCUGAACCUGUUCUGGAUUCUGUCGAGAAAAUGGUGGAGAGAGAAAAAUCAGUGGAGGAAACAGCAGCAAUAGAGGAGGAAGAAAACGUGGAGGAAGAAAAAACAGUGGAGAAGGAAAAGGCAGAGGAGGAAGCAGCUGUAAUAGUGGAAGAAGAAAUGCUGGCUGAAGAGGAAACUGAAACUGCAGCUGAAACUACACCAGUGGGAGAGGAGAGUGUUGCGGAAGAAAAGGUGGAGGAGGAAGCAACACCUGAGGAAGACGAAAAGUUGGAGGAAGAGAAGGAAGCUGAGAUAGUGGAAGAAGAAAACAUUAAGGAAGCUGAAGCUGCAGUUUCAGCUGAAACUAUUACUGUGGAAGAAAAGGUGGAGGAGGAAGCAAAAACCAUAGAGGAAGAAAAAGAGGAGGAAGCAACAAUUGAGGAAGAGGAAAAAGUGGACGAAGAGAAGAAAGAGGAAACAGUUAUUGAAAUAGCUAUAGAAAAAGUGGCAGAGGAAGCUGCUAUGGUAGAUAAGGCAGAAAAAUUGGAGGAGAACGAAGAGGCAAGAGUAGUGGAAUGUGUUGCAGAUGAAGUGGUAGAAAAGCCAGUUGAGGAAGAGAAAAAUACUUCACCACCUGAGGAAGAGGAGAAGACCUCACCCCCUGAGGAAGAGGAGAACACCUCACCAACUGACAAAGAGGAGAAGACCUCACCACCUGAAGAAGAAGAAGUGGCUCCAGUUGUAGAAACAAGAGUCCUUAGGAGAGGAAUAAAAAGGGUUCCUGCUGCUCCGACUCCAAAACGCAAGUCCACAAGAAGAAGUAAACAGCCUGAGGAAGAGGAGAAGGUGGAGGAGCCAGAGGAGGAAGAGGAAGCUGAGGAAGAAAAGGCACCAUUAGUGGAAGCCAGAGUUCUGAGGGUAGGAAGAAAAUCAGCCCCUGCUCCUGCAACACCCAGACGCAAAUCCACACGAGCUCGCAAAGAACCUGAGGAAGAGGUGGUGGAGGCGGCUGAACCUGUGGAAGAAGUGGUGGAAGAAGAGAAAGCUGUGGAGGAGGAAAAAGGGGUGGAAGAAAAGGAAGAGGAAGCUGAAGCUGCACCAGUGGAAGAGGAGAGUGAUGCAGAAGAAGAAGUGGAAGAAGAAAAAGCAGUGGAAGGGGAAGGAACAAAUCAGGAAGAGGAAAAGGUGGAGGAAGAGAAGGAAGAGGAAACAGUUAUUGAAAUAGCUAUAGAAAAACUAGCAGAGGAAGUUGCUAUGGUAGAUAAGGCAGAAAAAGUGGAGGAGAUAGAAGAGGCAAGAGUAGUUGAAUGUGUUGCAGAUGAAGUGGUAGAAAAGCCAUUUGAGGAAGAGAAGAAGACUUCACCACCUGAGGAGAAGGAGGAAGAGGAGGCUCCAGUGGUAGAAACAAGAGUCCUGAGAGGAGGAAGAAAAAGUGUUCCAGCUACUCUGACUCCAGAACGCAAGUUCUCACAAAGAGGCAAACAACCCAAUGAAGUUGAAAAGGAGGAUGAGCCAGAAGAGGAAGAUGCAGCUAAAGAAGAAGACCCACCAGUAGUAGAAGUCAGAGUUCCGAAGAAAGGAAGGAAAUCUCCCCCGACACCUAGACGCAAAUCCAAACGAGCCCGCAAAGAACCUGAGGAGGAAGAGGGGGAGGAGGAAGAAAAGGAAGAGGAGGCGGCAGAACCUGUGCCUGAAGCUGUGGAGAAAAAUGUGGUGGAAGAAAAAUCAGUGGAGGAGGAAAAGGUAGAGGAAGAAAGGGUAGAUGAAGCUGCAGCUGAAACUGCUACUGUGGAAGAAAAUGUGGAGGAGGCAGAAGCGAUAGAGGAAGAAGAAAAGGUGGAAGAAGCAACAACAAUGGUGACUGUGGUAGAAGAGGCAGAAAAGGUGGAGGAAGCAACAGUGGUGGAAAGUGUAGCAGAUGAAGCAGUAGAAAAGCCAGUUGAGGAAGAGGAGAAAGCCUCACCACCCGAGGAAGAAGAGGAGGGUAAAGUUGUAGAAACAAGUGUCCUGAGGAGAGGAAGAAAAAGCGUUCCUGUUACUCCUCCAAAACGCAAGUCCACACGGAGAGGCAAAGAAGCCGAGGAAGAGGAGAAGGAGGAGACAGAAAAGGUAGAGGAGGUGGCUGAACUUGUGCCGGAAGCUGUGGAGGAAAAAGUGGAGGAGGAAGAAGAGGCGCUAAUAGUGGAAGCCAAAGUUCUGAGGAGAGGAAGAAAAUCUGCUCCUGCCACACCCAGACACAAAUCCAAACGAGCUCGCAAAGAACCUGAGGAAGAGGAAGUAGAGGUGGAGGCCGAAAAGAUGGAGGAGGCAGCUGAACCUGUGCCAGAAGCUGUGGAGGAGAAGGGGGAGGAAGAAAAAGCAGUGGAGGAGGAAAUGGUGAAACAGAAUAAGACGGAGGCAGAUGUUCCGAUGGCAGAGGACGAAGGAAACACUGAAGUACAAGCAGACAGUGGUGCUCCUGAGGCAAAAGAAGAAGAAGCAAUCACACAUCAGCCAGAGGAGGUUAUGGCAGAGCAAACAAAGGAGAAGGAAGAAGAAGAGGAGAACACAGAGGAGAAAACUACAGAAACAGCAAAAGAGGCAGCUGAAACGGUAGAUGAGGAGGAAGGAGAUAUCACCAAUGUGGAGGAGGAAGAGAAGGAGGGAGAAACUCUAGCUGUUGAAGCGGAAGAGGCAGAAAACCCAGAUGAAAUGACAGUGGAGGAAGUAGACAACAAAGUCCAGGAAAAAUCUGUUGAGGAAGAAGAAAAGGCCACAACAACAACAACAAGCAAAGAGGAAGAAGCAGAGAGCCCUGAGAAGGUUGUGGAAGUUCCUCCAGCUGUGGAAACUAGAGCUGCGAGGAGCAGGACAAAAACAGUCGCAAAAGCCACACCCAAACGAAAGUCCAAACGAAGCAAGCUCUCUGUGGAUGCAGUGAAAGAGGAUGAUAAGGUAGUGGCAGAAGAGGCAAGCGUAGUAGAAGAGGAGGAAAGGGCCUCGGUGGCUGAGGGUUCUGUCAAGAUGCAGCCUGAGGAAAAUAGAACAGAGGAGGAGAAGGAGGAAGAAGAAGAAAAGAUUGAGGAGAAUGGCAUGGAAAAUGUAGAGAGCGGUGAGACAGAGGCAGAGAAUGGGGUCGAGGUGGACAACCUUAAUUUAGAAUUGGCCGAGGAGGAGGAGAAAGAGGAGAGACAGAAGAUGGAGGUAGAGGAAAAGAAAACUGCCACAACUCAGGAGAAAGAGCCGAAGAGCUCUGAGGAUGAGGAGGAAGCGGAGGCUCCAGUGGUUUUAACGAGAGUUCUGAGAGUGAGGUUAACUGCCACACCAAACACCACACCCAAGGCCAAGGCCACGCCCCAGCGUACAUCCACAAGACACAGCAAAAUAGUAACACCUGAGAAGUUCGAUCCUGAGGUGGUCGUGUUUUCAUCAGAUGAAGAGCAGGAAGAGAGCCCUGUGGAAAAGAGAAAUCUUCGGAAGAGAAAAAGCACAGAGCCAACACCUGUUCGCAGAUCCAAGCGCCACAGCAGAACUUAGACUGUGUAGACAGGUUUUUUGUUCUCUUCUUUAAAUAUGCAGCUAUUUAGUGAAGAUUUCAGAUGGGACCAGAUCAUUUCCUUUGAUAUAUUUGUAAGGUAAAAAAAUAAAAAUAAAUAAUGUGCUUCCUGUUUUUAUGUAAUUUUUCUGAAAGUCGAUAUGCAGCAUAUUUGAUACCUUUUUAUAUUUUAUAUUUUGCAUUUUAAGUACAAAUCUGUGAACUAUUUUUGCAAAUUGCAGCUGUCAUUUUGACCUUAGUGGCAGGUAACGCAAUGCUUUCAGUAGGCUGGGAGGCUUUGGUUUUCUGAUAAAUUAAUAGUAUUUUUAGGUCGAACAGUUAACUGUUUCUUUUGCGGUUUCUAACAGCACAACCUAUUCUAUAAAAAAAAUGUGUAAUCACAAUUUAAACAUGAUCUGCUAAGACAACAUUUAUUCCCUCAAAGUACUACAGGGUGAAUUCUAACUUCAGCAUACCAUAAUGCCAAAUGGUGUCCUCUCAAGUAUAACUCAACAACUCUAUAAAUACAUUUUAAAAAAUGUACAUGUGAAUUUAGUUACAUUGGGACACACUAGCACAUCUGAUUUUGUUAGUCAGUCUCACUCAGAUAUAAUAUUAAAACCUGCAAACAUUUCUUUCCACCAUAUGGAAAAAUUUGUAGAAUUGCAGGAAAUUAGCUGUAAAACAGCAAAUGUUCCUCUCCGCCAUAUGGCAAACUCUGUAGAAUUGCAGCAAACUUGCGUUAAAACUGCAACAUUUUCUCUACGCCCAUGGCAAAAUGUGUAGAAUUGCACUAAAUUAACUCUAAAACGUAUGCACAUGUGGAUACGCAGACCCAUGAGCAACUGCGGCCCCUCAUGAUGAGUUCAGAUUUUUUGUGGCCCCCACCCGCAUCAAAGUUGCCCUGAUAUAUAUAUACUAUUACAUUAUAUUGGCAGUUGUCAAUUAGUGUUCUUAAAUGUGUAAUAUGACACAAAUAUGAUAAUUUGUGUUUUUCAAAAGUGUAAAAUAUUUUGUAUUUGAUUUUAUUAAGGGAAUAAUGUAUUAAGCAAGCGUUAUUUUUUAUCUUACUGCACAUUUGAGUGACAUUUCUCUGACAUUUCUUAUGCUUUAAUUUUUACAAAUGUUUUCAGCAGAAAUCAGGAUCUAAAAUCACAUUUGAUGUUUGUUUUUUUAUGGUUCAUUUCGUUGGUUCAUUUUGACAUAAUUCUUGAAUUGAAAUGUCAACACUUUGUGUCAUGGUGUUACACUUUGUGUGUAUUGAAAUAUUUGGUAUACCUUGAACAUAAUGAUAUUUAGUGUAAAAAAAACAACAGCAAAUACACACAAAAAUAUUACCUUACUGAGCUGACGAGGCAUAAUAUUUUAGUUGGUCAUUUGAAAACGAUGAUGUUCGCAAUAUUGUUUUAUAUUAAAUGUAUGUAUAUCCUCAUAUUUUGUUUGUUGUUAACAUGUAUCGUUAAGGUUUGAUAUACAGGAAGUUUAUAAAGUUUAUAUAACAUCUAUAAACUGAGCUGUGAUGUUAAACUGUAAAGGUUCUCUCGUGAGAGAUGUGAAAAUAUAGUUAGCCUACACUGUGCGUUUUCAUUUGUAUGUGUUAUCGUGUUUCAAACUUUUAAUGCUUUCUUAUACAUCUCAGUGCUCCACAAAAGCACACGCCAGCAAUAGCUAUGUAGCGUAUCUUGCUCGCAAUCAUUUUCAUUUGGUAAUGUUGUAUUUUAUUACAAACCUUUCAUUGUAUUAUGUAGAAUGGACCAAUGUAACUUUUCUCCUCUGACACUGUGAUUUGUUAGGAUCUUUAAUAGCGAAUAAAGUGUUUC